AUGUCAGAGGAAGAAAGUAUUGGAAAGAGAUAUGUUGAUUGGAAGAAGCAUAUCCCAAAGGAGGAACCAGAGAUGUGUUUCAACAUGAAUUCAGCAGGAGGUAGCUAUGUGACAAUGGCUACUCGAAUUAGUAAAUUCAUCUACGAUGGGCAGAAAGUACAAAAAUGCGUUCGCUGUAAAGGUACAACUGACAUUAUGUGGCGACUCGACAAAUUCGACUUGUGUUCGGAAUGCUACGAGAAGCAUGAGCCUAAUUCACGAUUCUAUGCGAAGCCUUAUCGUAUUGGUGCGAAUUUCAGGUGCCCUUCAACUGAUGACGACAAAUGUCCUCCUGUGUCAUUCUUCGAAUGGAAAGAAGGUGUGUGCUGUGAAGAAGCAGUCCAUGAACAAAAUGAGUGGUUUUGGGAGGAAUGUCUUGAGGAAGAAAAUUUACAUGAUCGAUUUAUUCCAUCACAAAUAGCAGAGCUGAAGAAAAUCGAGGAUGAAACAAAAUUUCUCGAGCACGAAGCAGAAGUCGCAAAGAUCAAGUCCGAGUCGGCUGAAGCUAGGCUUGCUGCACACCUAAAAAAGAAACGAAUGGCCAAGCGUCGACUAUCUCGUAUUCUCAUCGAUGCUGGAAAGUCGCUCAUCGAAAAAGAAAACACCAAGAAGGGAUGA